CAAGUGCGAGGCUAGGCGUAUAUGCGAUCGAGAUUGUGGAGGGCGCCCAGUGUUUCAUGUUGCACCUUCGGCAAGAAUGUGCAGCGAUUACAGCUCGCUAGAUUUACCCCGUUGGAUUACAGACUGAAAUUCAGCUUUCUUCCGGAGGAGUCAGGUUCCACAUUUGGUAUGUGGGACUUUUAUUAGCUGGUGUGUACAUUGGGAAUCAGUGGCAGUCAACCAUGGCAAUAUUUCUGAAUGAAGAUGUUGUCAAACUUCUGUGGAACAAGUUUGUGGUCAUCAUUGGGGAUUCCAUCCAGCGAAGCAUUUACAAAGACUUAGUUUCGCUGCUUCAGACGAACACCUACUUGUCAGAAAACCAUCUCAAGAGAAAGGGUGAGUUGAGUUUCAUGGACGAUGUCUUGAUUGAGGGCGGCAAGAAAGAGGAGAUGAAUAAUGGCAUCAACUACAGGGAAGUCCGCCAGUACAAAACAGACUAUCACCUGGUCAGGUUUUAUUUUGUCACAAGGGUGUACAACAAAUACGUGGAGUCCAUCUUCGUGGACCUGGAGAAGGACCCCCAGCCCGACGUGGUUCUGAUGAAUUCAUGCCUGUGGGACAUCUCUCGCUACGGUCCCAACGGAAUGAAGACCUACAAGACCAACCUGGAGAAGACCUUCUACCGAAUGGGGAAGACGCUGGACCCUGAGUGCCUGUUCAUCUGGAACACGGCGCUGCCGGUGGCUAACAAGAUCCGGGGCGGCUUCUUGCUUCCCGAGCUGGAGUUCCUGUCAGAGACUCUGAGAUUGGAUGUCAUGGAGGGUAACUUUUAUGCCAAAGAGCUGGCGGUGGCUUUUGAUUUUGACGUUCUUGAUUUGCAUUUCUACUUCCGCUGCCAGCUGCACCGGCGCGUGGCGGACGGUGUGCACUGGAACCACCAGGCACACCGGAGGAUUUCUAACCUGAUCCUGAGCCACAUCUCGGAGGCUUGGGGGUUAAACGUGCCGCGCAGGCUAGAGGCCUGGCAGCAUCCCCCAGACCUGCCGCCGCAGAGCCCCUCCGUUUGCAACAAUCCCCCGUCUAUUGCUGAUUUCCACAGCGACAUUUCCCUCAGCGCACCGGCGCAAGCUCCCCGCCCCAGGCGAAACAGCGUCGGCGGCGGGGAAGACUGGGGGAACGUGAACCAGUUCAUCGAUUUUGACAAAGUGGCCUCCCCUAAAGAGGCACUGGCCAGAAAAAAACCUGCACCAAAUGCAACCGCUCAACCGAAUCCCAUGCCUGACAAAGACAAAACAGAGAUGAAACCCCCACAGCAACCACCUGUGGCAAACAGCAAGACAAAUUCAAAUGGUCCUGUGAGAUCUACUUCCCAGCACAGACAGGCGCAGCGAUAUAACCCGUACGGUGGAAGAUCCUGUGCAGGAUACAAUGGGGGAAACAGUGGGGGAUAUGGUGGGGGAUAUAAUAGGGAUUAUGGUGGGGGAUACCGUGAUGGGCAAGGGGACACCCGGAGAGCUGUGCCCUUGUGGCGGGAGUUGGAGGCCAAACGGAGGCAGCGCAUGGAAAUGGGAAGACAGGCACAAUUCAACUGGAACAACUUUCAUUACUAAGCCAGGGAUCCCAAACUCAGCUUGUGCACAGUUGUCCCUAUAUUCCCAUUUUCAUCUAUGUACAGAGCUGCCAAAAUUCAGUGGCCAGAAAUGCAGGUUUGAUGAUCAUUUAUUGACUUAUAUUGAGAAGAUGUAUCCCCUCCACCUACCUACCCCUUUUCAACGUGGUUGUAUUUGGUGCAGUUUUAGAGUGUUUUUGCAAAUUUACAUGACUGCUACAUGUACUUCUGAAAGAAUGGAUGUACAUGCAAGAAUAUUUUGACCUGCCCAUCCCUUGGUGAAAACGGUGGCAUAGUGAACUAUUUUGAAAUGCAAGUCGAGAGGUGUCAAAAAGAAAAUUGCUGAAGUCCCUUGUGCAGGGCAUUUUGACCAAACUAGAAAAAAAAAACAAUAGGUUGAAAUGACUGACGAAUUUUAAAACAGAAAAAGGGAUUUUAAACUUCAGGGAAAGUUCUGCUGUGAAGUCUUUUUGGGUCAUAGAAUGGUUUUCGCUGCUACCUUUGGACACAAUUUGCUGAUUGGACUCUAUGUAAUAGCUUUUUGCAGGCAAAUCAAGCAGGGGGAAAAAAUAACGGGUAUAAGAAUUAGGUAUACUUGUCGGCAAGAAAACCUAAUGAUAUUUUGUGAGAAGAAAAAGAUAUGAAAGAGGUUUUGUUAAAAAAAGUUUUGUGCAUUUAUAUUUUUUGUUUUUAGUUAGUUAUGUACAAGUAUUUAUUUUGCAGCUGAAGUUCUCAUUAUUUCUACCUCUAUUCUGAUCAAAGAAUUCACCGGAUUGUUAUG